AUGGAGGCCUCCCGCGCCACUGCUGCGGAGGAAGGCUUGCAGCGCACCGCCGAAGGUCUGGCGGCGCAGCUGGCGCAGCAGGGCGGCGAGCAGCUCGCCAUGGCGGAGCGGAGCAAGGAGCUGGCCGCGCUGAUGGAGCAGGGCCACGCCGAGGCGAAGGCCUCCCAAGAGGCAGAGAAGACUGCACUGGACACGCGCCUGCAGGAGGAGCAGAAGGCUGCUGAGGCUUCUCGCGAGGCUCUUCAAGAGAUGGUCUCAGAGAUGUCGCGAAACGCGGAGGCACAGCUGCAGCAGGAGAAGGACAGGGCGCUGGAAGCGGAGCAGGGCCUCAGGGAAGGCUUGCGACGGGCGGGCGCCGCGGGAGCCGGGCCAGGGGUGCUGAGGCAAGCGAAAGACGCACUCGCUCCAUCCGACUCGGAGGCGCAGGCGGCGGCCACGGAGGAGUCGGUGCGCUUGAGCCGUGGCAGCGAGGAGCUCCGGAAGCAGCCGGGGACCGAGGGUCCCAUCGGUGGGCUUCACGAGCAGUCGGAGAAGGUGGAGGCGAACCCGGAGUAG